GGGGCCCGCGCGGGGCGGGGCCGGGGCCGCCUGUUGACUCGCCCCGGCCCCAUCACAUGAUCGCGGAGCUCACGGCGGAGGAGCGGCGCCGGACGGACGAUGGCGGUCGAGGGUGGAAUGAAAUGUGUGAAGUUCUUGGUUUUCAUCUUCAACUUCAUCUUCUGGGUAUGCGGCGUGGCCCUCAUCGCCAUCGGCAUCUACGCCCAGGUGGCCUUCAAUAGGGCGCUGGUGAUCAGCAGCGCCUCCACCACCAGCAGCCCCGUUGCCAUCUUGGUGCUGGGCGUCAUCAUCUUCUUCAUCUCCUUCUUCGGCUGCUGCGGCGCCUGGAAGGAGAGUUACUGCAUGGUCACCACGUUCGCCGUCCUGCUCAGCAUCAUCUUCCUGGUGGAGAUUGCUGCCGCCAUCACCGGAUACGUCUUCAAGGACAAGAUCCGCUCGGAGGUGGAGCAGGACCUGUGGGACGCCCUGCGUAAGUACGGGAAGGACCAGCCCUUGACGGUGGCGGUGGACAGCUUCCAGAGGGAUUUCCAUUGCUGCGGAGUCAACAACUACACGGACUGGGCCACCACCCAGAGCCUCAUGGUGAAUGACACGGUGCCCCGGUCCUGCUGCCGCAUCAACACCACAUCCUGCAACAUCCACCCCAGCCCCGCCACUGUCUACGAGAAGGGCUGCCUCCAGAGCAUGGAGUCCUGGAUAAAGAACAACAUCGUCGUCGUGGCUGCGGUCGCGCUGGGCAUCGCCUUCUUCGAGAUCUUGGGCAUCGUCUUCGCUUGCUGCCUGAUGAAGGGCAUCCGCAGCGGAUACGAGGUCAUGUAGCCUCCGGUGGGUGCCACGGCCCCCCCAGCUUUUGCUGCCCCCCACCCAGGGGGCUGCGAGGGCUGCUCCCACCCACUCGCUCUCUACCAACUCCUCCAGGACAGGUCCCCAUGUGCCAAACCCCCCUUGGGGGGUCGCUGCCAUUGGACCCUCCCCGAGUGCCGAUGAGGGCUGGGGGGGCCAGCGGAGCAUCCCCCGGUUUCAAAAUAAAACCAAAGGCUACCCUA